AUUUAAAAAAAUUAAACGUCAAAGUUUUCGUUGCUGGACUACACCUUGUUUGGCAGUUUGAAAUUUUGUAAACGUUAAACGGUUGAAUGUGAAAUGUAUUUACUGUAAACAGUGAGGAUAAACAUUGAAUAUACUUUAUUGAAAGGAAAUAAUUGGCCAAAAAUAUGUCUACCAGGUCCGGAAAACGGAUUCAUACUUCGUUGCUUGAAGACACAGUUAUAACGAAACGAGAACUUGCUGUAAAGAGUGAAAGAAAAACUCGGAGCAGACAAGUUAAAGAAGAAGCGGAGGAACUAGGUGUUUCAUUAAUUAAAAACAAAAAACGUAACAAUUACGUGAGUUAUCCUACAGACGAUGAGUUUCUCGGAGACACAACGACAAGUAAAGAGGAUGAGGCUAAAACUAGCCGUGUGUUACGUAAAAAUGCUCUGAAAGAACAAAACUUAGUAGAAAACGUCGUCCCUGAGCCACAAACAGAAGUGAAAAAUCUUAUUAGAAAGUCACGACGCGGCAAAAAGGUGGAUGAUGCUGAAGAAACUGAAAACCAUGAAAAUAUACCAACUGAAAUUAUUGAUGUGCCAAAAUCAAAGAAAAAUAAGAAGAAAAAGAAAGAGAGUGAUGUAAACCCACUUCCCGAGGAAGUGCCUUCCAAGAAAUCAAAGAAGAAGAAGAAAAAGGGAAAGAAAACUAAUUCUAUGACUGCCGAGGAUGUGCCACUACACAACAACUCUAAGAAUGGUACACACAACGGGAGCAACAUGUCUGUUGACUCAUUUCACAGUGCUGCUGGCAGCCCCAACACAGAACAUAAUCAUAUAGAUACAGUGCCCACUAAUAAAGUUAACAAUACAUUUAAAAAGGAACAAGCUAGUAAGAAGUCUUCUAAAAAAAAUAAAAAACGCAGUAAUAACAUCACUGAACACAGUGAAACAUCAGAGAACCUAUCGAAGCAUAUAACUGGUGACAAUAUUAAUAAUUCUAUUGACAAUGAUAAUAAAAUAAGAAAGUCUGGAGCUAAGGACAUUGAUGAAGGGAAACAUUUCAUUUUCACUGCAAAAUCUGAAAGAGAUAAUGAGGAUAGUUCAAUUGUAAAUAAUGGGCAAAUGAAGACACGGAAUUCUAUCAUAACAUCUGAUGAGAGUAAUGUUUCAAGCAGUGCUGAUAUCAAAACAGAUGCAAGAAACAACUCUCGUACUAAAUCAAAGAAAAAUAAAUCAAAAUCGAAAAAAGCACAUCCAGUAAAUACUACUAAAGAUGAUGUGGGUAAUGAUGAAGUAGAUAAGAUGGAGCCUGACAGUAACAAAUCACUCUUUAAGGAUGGAGUUGAUACAAAUGCGGAGACAAAUUUAAAUGCUUCCAACAUUUCCCACAGUAACCGCAGAUCUAGAAGAUCCAAUAUAAAAGACAGCACAUUUGAUAAAAGUACCACAUUAGCUACACAAGGAGAAACUGACAUGGAAACAUGUUUGAAUACUUCUAACAACCAAUCACAGUUGAGGAAAUCUCUGCGAAGAGAAUCUACUGCCAAUACCUCCAUUGUAAAUGGUAGUAAGUCUGAGAAAGAUAUGCCUGAUGAUGUGAAUACAUCUAACAUAUCAAGUAAACAGUCACGAAGGAAAUCUAAUGUGAAAGAUACAACAUUUGAUAAAGAUUCUGAUAAGAUUUCUAACAACAUUACAAAUUCUACCUUUGACAAAGUAGAAAAACAAUUGGAUGCAACAUAUGAAAAGGAAGAUGUAACAUCAGCUAAUAAAAAAGAUUCUAAAGUGAAAGUUAACACUACCUAUGAUAAACCUAUUGACACAACAUUUGACAAAGACAGCUCUACCUCUUUUGAUGCUUUCAAAAUAGGUGCAACAACCAGGAAGUCUAGUAUCAAGGAUAGCACUUUUGACAAAAGUAACAUAUCCAAAAUUAGUUUCACAAAGGAAGACUUUGGUAAAGACAACAUCAUCACCAGCUCUGCUACCAAGAGGACCUCCAUCAGGAGACACACUUUUGAUAAAAAUAACAGUUUCACAGUGAAUGCUAUCAAUACAACUUAUGAGAAGACUUCAAACACAGAAAGUCCACUGAAAAGAAAGUCACCAAGGAGAACCAAGUCUAUGGAUGUUGAGACACAACUGAACACUACAUUUGAGAAGGAUACUGAGGUGGAGCAUGGGAACAAAGACCCGGAACCCAAGUCUUCCCUCAUAAGCUCAGACAACAGCAGUGUUGCGGACAAGUCUGAGAUAUCCCGCAUCAGUAUCACCAGUGAUGAAUCAGAGCAUGUGGAGAACAUUGUGAACACCACUCCAUUGCUGAUAGAGAGCAGCUUAGAUGAGUCUCAGCACUCAAUGACUAAGGCAGAAAGUCCAAAAUCACACACUCCAUUGAAGAGAGAAGGAACAUUCACUAAAGAGAGUCCUCAGAAACAAGACACUGAGACAAGUACUCCAACUAAACGGAGGUCGUCAAUAGUACCAGCAGCGGGGUGCACUCCAUACCACGUAACUAAGAGUAACCAGAAGAAGAGCAUGUUGAAUGUGACUCGGUCCAUUGAGAAAGGUGUCCGAGCUUCAGUAGAGCCGGCUCCAAGGCUGACCAGGGUCAUGUUCUGCAGUCCUGUCGACAAUCCUGUGUUGGUUGCACAAGAAAGGAAGAAGAUCAUCAAGUCCAAUCUCAAGGGGUCCAACAAGAGCUUUGUGUAUGAAGAGAGUGUUCCAGCCCCGACAUCCCGCGCGGGCCGCAAGCGGUCGUACACGCAGAACGACGCGGACGACACGCGAGUGAAGCGCUCCCGCCUCACCGAGGACCUGCAGCAGUCGGUAGACCGGCUGUCCAGGCCCAGGACUGCUAGCGCCACAGCAAAACUUACGAGUACAACUCCAAAGAAGGCUAUCACUCCAUCGAAGCCAAAGUCUGACGCCAAGGUGUCCCGCACGAAGCUGCCCAACUUCGCAGCCCUGCACCAGAAGCAGUUCGACAAGAUGGAGUCGCUGAAUGAGUGCCAGGAGCGCCGCGCCAAGAGAGCUCGACAGCUGCUCACUCCAACUGCACCUGCUGGACUGCUGGAAAGGAUCAGCCCUAAGAAUAACGUAGAAUCACCGAAAGGUAAAGAUGCCGUGAAACCCAAAGAGAAAACGGACACCCCUACCAAGAAAACUGACACCCCCACCAAGAAAACUGACACCCCCACCAAGAAACUGCCCACGCUGGAAUCCUUACGACCAGGGUUCACCAGAUUCGGGUUCAAACUAAACUUGGACGUCAAUCCAUUCAGUAUACCGAGCAAGACAGAAAAACCUAAGGAAAAGGUUAUUGAAAAACCUAAUGGAGGCAUUCCAAAGGCGAUAUUGCCAUCUUUAGCCGGCGCUACCUCAGUACGCCGCGAGGCUGCCAAGCAGACCGUCAUGAGGGAGAAGUCCUUCACAGAGAAACGCAGCGUCAAGAGAAACGAGAACAGGAGCAUUAUAAAGGGGGUCAGAACCAACAGGCGAUUCGAACUGCAAAUGAAGAUGAGGAACAUUGAGUAAGGAGGACUAAGGGUAGUUCUAGUAUAGUUCCCCUCGGGGAGGGGUGAGUUCAGUUGCAAUUUUAGUUCUAAGAAGGGUGCAGACAAUAAAAUUAUGUAAUAACUUAGCUUAGACAAACUGUGACUGAAUUGAAUUCGUUUGUUGUCAUGUAAUAUUGGUGGUGUUUUAUUUUGCAUGUUACACAAGUUUUAAUGAGUUUCCAUGACCCCAGUUUGGAUUUUAUUACUACUAUACAAUGAUUGUUAAUGUUUCUUAUUAGUUGUGUAUUGUUUUGUAUAAGUUACUGUUUAUAAAGAGUCCCACAGCUUUACCAAUAGUGCCAUGUAUUUGCUUUAAAACAGUUUUUGUAAAAUAUUUUCUCAUUUUGCUCCUAUACAAGAGAUUAACCCUAUGUCCUAGGGAUGCUGCGUUAGGUAAAAUUUCUGUCACGUACGUGGGCAGCGGAGACUUGCGUCGUUUUAUGACGCCUCCCGCCUACGCGCUCCAUGCCGAGCGAUGUUUUACGCAAUGCGCUGCCAUCCUGGACAACCUUCGACAGUAUUAACACUUAUAUUGACUUAAUUUUAAUUACGGAUAGACUAACUGUUAUAUUUAGGCGUGUUCUAACUGCCAUCGAGAUCAUGGUAUUGAUAUUGUACUAUAGUUAUCUAACAGAUUAAACGAUCCCACUCUA